AUGAGCAAGAGGCACAUAAGUGUGGGUCAGCAAACGUGGGCUCUCCUCUGCAAGAACUUUCUGAAGAAAUGGAGGAUGAAGAGAGAGACCUUGUUGGAAUGGUUUUUCUCAUUUCUUCUAGUAUUGUUUGCAUACCGACUUUCCUCCAAUUUACAUCAAGUUAAUGACUUCCCUCAAUUGCCUGCUAUGAAUCUGGGACGUGUAGAUAAUUUUAAUGAUUCUAAUUAUGUGAUUGCAUUUGCACCUGAAUCCAAAACAACCCAGGAGAUCAUGAACAAAGUGGCUUCAGCCCCAUUCAUGAAAGGAAGAACAAUCGUGGGGUGGCCGGAUGAGAAAAGUAUGGACGAUUUGGAUUUAAACUACUCUAUAGAUGCAGUGAAAGUCAUCUUUAAUGAUACCUUCUCAUAUCAUUUGAAGUUUUUCUGGGGAGGGAGAAUCCCCAAGAUGAAGGAACACAGAGACCAUUCAGCUCAUUGUCAAGUGAUGGAUGAAAAAAUCACAUGUGAAGGUUCAGUGUUCUGGGAGAAAGGCUUUGUAGCUUUUCAAGCUGCCAUUAACGCUGCUAUCAUAGAAAUCACAACAAAUCAUUCAGUGAUGGAAGAGCUGAUGUCAAUUACUGGUAUAAAUAUGAAGAUAUUACCUUUUGUUGCCCAAGCAGGAGUUGCGACUGAUUUUUUCAUAUUCCUCUGCAUUAUUUCUUUUUCUGCAUUCAUUUACUAUGUAUCAGUCAAUGUUACCCAAGAAAGACAAUACAUUAAGUCAUUGAUGACGAUGAUGGGCCUUCGAGAAUCAGCAUUCUGGUAAGUUACAUGGCCACAGCCUAUCAUGCCGGGAAGUCCAAGAUCUGGGUUCCAGCACCUUUGGGUUCUAGUGAAUUACCUCUUUGGGGUUACAGAGUGCAGACUUCUUGUAUUCCCAUAUGAUCUUUACAGGGAUCUUGACAGAUGCUCUAACCAGGGCAUUGAGAAUUAUGGUGUUUCCAUGACAACUUUGAAUGAAGUGUUCUUGAAAUUAGAAGGAAAAUCAGCUAUUGAUGAAUCAGAUGUUGAAAUUUGGGGAGAGUUACAAAGUAAUAGGACAAAAGACACAGGAAGCCUUGUUGAGCUGGAACAAAUUUUGUCUUCCCUUAAGGAAACAAAGAAAUCAAUCAGCGGCAUGGCUCUCUGGAGACAGCAGCUCUGUGCAAUAGCAAAAGUUCGCUUCCUCAAGUUAAAGAAUGAAAAAAAAACUCUGUUGACCAUAUUAUUGCUUUUUGGCAUCAGCUUUUGCCCUCAGCUUUUGGAACAUCUAUUCUAUGAGUUAUAUCAAAAAAGUUAUUCUUGGGGACUGACUCCUAAUAUGUACUUCCUCUCUCCGGGACAACCACCUCAAGCUCCUCUGACCCACUUACUGGUAAUCAAUAAAACAGGGUCAAGUAUUGAUAACUUUAUACAUUCACUGAGGCAACAGAACAUAGCUUUGGAAGUGGAUGCCUUUGGAACUAGAAGUGGCCCAAAUGAGCUAUCAUACAAUGGUGUUAUCACUGUGUCAGGUGAUGACAAGGAUCACAGGUUCUCAAUAGCAUGUAACACCAAAAGGCUGAAUUGCUUUCCUGUCCUCAUGGAUAUCAUCAGCAAUGGGCUACUUAGAAUUUUUAAUUCUUCAGAACACAUUCGGACUGACAGAAGCACAUAUUUUGAAGAGCACACGUCUUAUGAGCAUGGGUACCUGAGCAAUGCCUUCUUCUGGAUACCUGUGGCGGCCUGUUUUACUCCUUACAUUGCGAUGAGCAGCAUCGGGGACUAUAAAAGAAAAGCUCACUCCCAGCUACGGAUUUCAGGGCUCUACCCUUCUGCAUACUGGUUUGGCCAGGCACUGGUAGAUAUUCCACUCUACUUCUUGAUCCUCCUUCUGAUGCAAAUAAUGGAUUACGUUUUUAGCCCAGAUGAAAUUAUAUUUAUAAUUCAAAACCUUUUAGUUCAGAUCCUGUGUAGUAUUGGAUAUGUCUCAUCUCUGGUUUUCUUGACAUACGUGAUUUCAUUCAUUUUUCGCAAUGGGAGAAAAAAUAGUGGUAUUUGGUCAUUUUUCUUCUUAAUUAUCACCAUCUUCUCGAUAGUUGCUACGGAUCUAAAUGAAUAUGGAUUUCUAGGGUUAUUUCUCUGCACCAUAUUAAUACCACCUUUCACACUGAUUGGUUCUCUAUUCAUUUUCUCUGAGAUUUCUCCUGACUCCAUGGAUUAUUUAGGAGCUUCAGAAUAUCAAGUUGUGUUUCUGGCACUGCUAAUACCUUACCUUCAUUUUUGCAUUUUUGUUUUUGUUCUCCGGUGUCUGGAAGUGAACUUUAGGAAGAAAUCAAUGAGAAAAGAUCCCGCGUUCAGGUUGAGAAAAUUCAAAUACAUUUUCAUGUUUUAUUUAAUAUUCAUUGUUUAAAAACAUUUUAAUAUGCUUAAGUUAAUUGAGUAAAAAUAAUUGCACAGGAUUUUUUUUAGGAAUUGUAUAGUGUACAGAAUUAUUAUAAUUCACGAUAUUUUAAUGAGCUUACAAUCUAAUGAGGGAAGCCACAUCAGCACAUGUGAGACGCUGAAAAAUUAAGGAAUUUCAUUGACAUACUAAAAGAAAGUUAUAUACGAAAGACAAAAUCUUUAAAAUAAUUGGUAAGUAUAGAUAAAAAUUGGUAAGUGUAGCCAGUCCAGGAAGGUAGGGUAGUCUGAGCAAAAGGACAGAAGUUGAUAUAAAUGCCACCUUCCUGUAGAUUUGAGUGGACAGCUGGAAAGAACUUGAAAGUUUGUAUUGGAAGAUAAUGGAAAAUUAAAUUAAAGCUGAAUUUUAGAGGGUGUUGGAAUAGAGAAGUGUAGGAAAGAUUUUGCAAAUUACAUAAUGAGAAAUCAAGACAGGUGUGUUUUGGAAACCUCACCUAACUCACAAAAUAUGAAUCAAGUUCAACUGUAAAGUAGGUGGUAGGGGGCGCCUGGGUGGCU